AUGUCAACCUACAUAUUUAUCUCUGAUAUUGGGUCAUUUACUCAAAUAUGCUUAUUCGCAGUUAAAGCAACAUCAACAUUAUGUAUAAUAUGGAGUGCAUAUGUAUUUGCAAAAACACGAUUGUUUUCCCGACGAGAUUCAGACAUUCAUAAUACUAUUGCUAAUAAGAAAAGGAAGUAUGAACAUUGUGAUGAAUCAGAAAUUUCUACACCUUAUGACAAUUAUUCUUCCGAACAAAAUCUACCAUCUUUGUCAAUUUUGAAAGGUAGUGUCAUAAUUCGCAAUGGUAUGAAUGCACUGUAUAAUUUAAUUCAUCAUGUAAAGUAUAAUGACGAUGAUAAUGUUGCUACUGCCGUGUCUACAGACGCUGACGAUAUCACUUCAACAAAUCCAUGUAGUGAAUUCAAUAAAAUCACUCAUUCAGAUGAAUUGGGCUUAUUUUAUAAAAUGAUAUGUGAUUUAAGUGUCAAGGCUGGAAUUACUACCAGUAAUAUUUACAGUAUUCCUCGUAAACGAAGUCGUUUAUUGUCUUUCAGCAAAGAUCCAAAACUCACUACAGACUAUAUAUUACAUCUUUUGAUUUCAUACAGCAAGGAUCUUAAGUAUUUGGAUCACUUAUUCCAAUGUGAAAAUUUUGAACGUCUAAUCAAUUGGCUUAGUUCAAUCAGUCUUUCAGCAUUAAACAAUUCAGAUAACAAUAAUACACUACUUAUUGAUAAACAUCAUUCUUCACCAUCAAUAAAUCAACUCUUAUUUAAUGUGGAUCAAUGGACAAAUGAAUCAUAUUAUUGUGAUGAUGAUGAUAAUAAUAAUAAUACGGAUUCAUCAUUUACAAAAGUAAAUAACUUGCCUGAUGUUCAUCUAGAAUAUCCUAUUCAUCUUUUAGUCGCUAAUUUUUUAGCAAACAUUUCGCAGCAUCCAUCAAGUUCCGUUUUAAACAAUUAUGAAGAUAUCAAUAAAUUAAUCAACCUCUGGAAAGUUUCUACAAGUUUGCAUUUAAAUCUUUUUGGUUCCAAAAUUGAUCAUAAUUUAAAAAUUCAUUCUAAAUUAAUUGACACUUCAUGUUCUGAUUCACUCAAUUCAUAUCCUAUCUACUGUCCAGAUGUUUAUAACUUGAAUGAUUCAAACAAUAUCAACGAAGAUUAUGAUUUUGAUAUUAUUUUUGUGAACGGUAUGUUGGGUAGUGUUUUCUACACUUGGAGACAGCAUGAUUCAAUGCUUAACAACAAUGCUACUCAGUAUACAAAAUGUUGGCCUAGAGACUGGCUUUCCCAUCGAUUUCCGCAAGCUCGAAUUAUUGGUGUUGACACUUCAUUGAAGCCAUUUGUUUGGCAUUCAAUUUGUCCACUUCAAAAGUUACGGCGUACAUUAAAUGAGCGAGCUGUAGAUAUAAUGAAACAACUUAAAAAAGCAGAAGUUGGUCAUCGACCUAUAAUAUGGAUUACUCAUUCAGCUGGAGGUAUUCUUGUGAAAGAAAUGCUUCGAUUGGCUAAUUCUGUUAGCAAUGGUCCUUCCGAACAAUCGAAAAAUGAUCAUUCUGAACCAAGUACCACGUCUAGCACUAGAGAGUGUGCACACAUUUCUCAUACUUAUGCAGCUUUGUCAGUUUUAAGUGGAGAAAACCCAUCUGUUUCUCAAUCCUCAGUUUCUAAAAUCAAUCCAUCCUGUAAAUGGUAUUGUCACGAAACUGACCAGGAGAAUGAAAAUUUGUCAAACAUAUCAAAUCCUAGUUUUAUCUCUUUUGUUGAAGAUAAAAAUGCCAAUAUGUCUGAUAAAUAUUUUGAAAAUCGUAUGUAUUAUUCAUCUAGUUGUUCUGGUGUUCUUUCCAAACGCAGUAGUGAUGCAUCAUUCGUAACCACUUUAUCCGAUAGUUCGAAAAUAGAUCCUGUAAAUUACCAGACAUUAGCAAGCAGUACACAAGCAAUUGUAUUUAUGAGUACACCACAUAGAGGAAAUCAAUCGGUGCACACUUUAUAUCGUCGUCCAUUCCGAUGGGCGCUUACUCCUGAAGCUAUUCAACUUGAAAAAAAUUCAAACUAUUUGUUGGAUCUCCAUGUUUGGUUUAAUCUAUGGGCAUAUAGUCAUAAAGUACAAAUCUUAUCUAUGGUUGAAAGUCGUGUAACACCAAUCAACAGAUUUUGGUCUGUUUUAAUUGUCCCUGAAGAUGUUAAAGACCGAGAAAUGGGUAAAUUGGUACGUAUCGAUUCAGAUCAUUUAUAUAUAAGUAAACCAAUGAAUCCUUCUGAUCUAUCAUAUACCAGUAUUGUUAAUUUUAUCGAAAAUCUAUCAUUAUGUAAACAGUCACCUGUGAAUACUGAUAAAACAACCUUUAUAACUUCCCAUAUUCCUAGAGUACAUUAA